GGAGGUAGUACAGGCAAACUGUGUCCGUUGGAAGAAGAAGUUCUUAUUUAUGUGUAAAAUCAGCGCCAGCGCCACAACAGGGAUUCUGGAUACUUGCAUUUGUAGAGUGUCUGUACGAAAGGAGUUAAAAGGAGGAAAGGCAUAUGCAAAGCUGGGAUUUGCAGAUCUAAAUCUAUCAGAGUUUGCUGGAUCGGGAAAUACCACUCGACGCUGUUUACUGGAAGGUUAUGAUACCAAAAAUACAAGACAGGAUAAUUCCAUUCUCAAAGUUUUGAUUAACAUGCAGCUAAUGUCUGGAGACCCAUGCUUUAAAAUGCCUCCUUCCACAGCAAUGUCUAUAGCAAUUGCUGGAGAAUCAGAAUAUUUGCAUGAAGACAGGAAAGGUGGAGAAAACUUAAAAGGAGCACAUCUGGGCAUAGCAGAUGGCUCCUCAAAGAGUGCCUCAGUCCCAGAGGAACUUGGUGCAUGUGGACAUUCCAGAACAUCAAGCUACGCAAGUCAGCAGUCAAAACUGUCAGGAUAUAGCACAUGUCACUCUAGAUCAUCCAGUCUGUCUGAACUCUGCCACAGGAGAAACACCUCAGUGAGUAGUACCUCAACAGGAAUUGGAAGUAUUCUAGAGCCAUGUGAAGAGACUGAGCCAAAAGUAACUGAAGCUAAUAUUGAUACUUCUGUUAAAGAUGCACCAUCUGAAAAAAUCUGCAGACAUCCUGUAAAGCAAGACUCUGUGGAGUCACAGCUGAAGAGGGUUGAUGCUACGAGAGUUGAUGCUGAUGAUAUAGUUGAAAAAAUACUCCAGAGUCAAGACUUCAGUUUAGACUCAAGUGCAGAAGAAGAAGGUUUAAGAUUAUUUGUGGGCCCUGGUGGAAGCACUUCUUUUGGAAGCCAUCAUCUACCUAACAGAGCAGGAUCUGGAGCAUAUGAGCAGGUGGUGAUAAAACGCUAG